CGCGUUCAUUUUUUUCCCCUGCGGACUCGUGGGCUAACUUAGCGCUGGGAAACUAGCACCAUGGCGUCCGGCUGCAAGAUUGGCCCGUCCAUCCUCAACAGCGACCUGGCCAGCUUAGGGGCCGAGUGCCUCCGGAUGCUGGACUCUGGGGCCGACUAUCUGCACCUGGAUGUAAUGGACGGGCAUUUUGUUCCCAACAUCACCUUUGGUCACCCUGUGGUAGAAAGCCUCCGAAAGCAGCUAGGCCAGGACCCCUUCUUUGAUAUGCACAUGAUGGUGUCCAGACCAGAACAGUGGGUAAAGCCAAUGGCCGUAGCAGGCGCUAAUCAGUAUACCUUUCAUUUAGAGGCCACUGAGAACCCAGGGGCUUUGAUUAAAGACAUUCGGGAGAAUGGAAUGAAGGUUGGCCUUGCCAUCAAACCUGGAACUACAGUUGAGUACUUGGCACCAUGGGCUAAUCAGAUAGACAUGGCCUUGGUUAUGACAGUGGAACCUGGGUUUGGAGGGCAAAAAUUUAUGGAUGAUAUGAUGCCAAAGGUUCACUGGUUGAGGACUCAGUUCCCAUCUUUGGACAUAGAGGUCGAUGGUGGCGUAGGUCCUGACACUAUCCAUAAAUGUGCAGAGGCAGGAGCUAACAUGAUUGUGUCUGGUAGUGCCAUUAUGAGGAGUGAAGAUCCCAGAUCUGUGAUCAACCUGUUAAGAAAUGUUUGCUCAGAAGCUGCACAGAAACGCUCUCUUGAUCGAUAAAACCACAAGGAAUCUAAUGUUUCUUCUUACAGAAUCUUUUUCAACUGGAAAAAAAGAAUAUUGACUACUAAAUCAUAAUCGCAGUUGAGACAGUGCUGCUUUUCUGAGCAAUUAAUUCAUGCAGGUGACUAAAAUCUAUUCUACAGAAUGUUCCAAGAGAUUAGAAAUUGUUGUGUACGACUACUUUUAAGUGAUGAAAUUUAAAGAUUAGUGUGAAAAAAUUUUCAUUUUUACUGGCAGACUUGAUUUUUAUAAUGAGUAAAAGUAUGACUAUUAAGGUUUAUUACAGAAAUGUGUUAAUGCCUGAGACUUAUGUAUGAUGAGAAAAUGUUUGUCUGCAUUUUCAAAAGAAUUUUUCUAUUGUUUUCUGCUGUUUUCCAAAAGCAAUGGAAUUCCUUGUUUUUCCUGUUCUGUAUAGUUUUAUUUGUGUAUAUAUGUGAUAAUAUCAGAAAUCUGUUUGGAUCUGGCUGAUGUGACUUCCAAAACAUUUAUUCUUCAUUUUGCACCUGAUUUUUUUUUAUAUAUAUACUUAAAGUAUAAAGACAGUGUAUGAAACUCAAGAGAUUUUCAGAUGAUCUGCUGUACAUACAAGUACAGAUGUUAUUAGGAUGUUUUGUUUUGUUGGAGGGACUGGUUAUUCAGUGGGCAUCCUUUUCAUAGUCACACUAUUCCUAAGUACAUAAAAUAGUAGCUCUGAAAAGAAAGGAAGUUAUUUGAUGUUAGCAAAUCAAAACGAGAUUCUUUCAGCUUCUGUUAACUGACUCAUAUGUUGAUUGUAAAACCAUGCAAGGAUUAAAAGUGAUAUUACAAGUUUUAUGUUUUUAUUGAGGUUAUAAAAUGCUUUGGUGUAAUCUUACUAAAUCUGCUAAUCACUACUAUGACUUUGGUUGGGCAGCUGUUGAUUUUCUAAAAAAUGAAGAAGCUGAAAGGUAAGCAGUAGGCUGGUGUCUUGAAAAGGAUCCAGGAUUGCAUAGGAUUUCUGAUCUGUACCCUUUUUACAAGUGGAUCUCUUUAGGAAGUGGAUUAGAUAAAUUAGUCUUAACUUUUGACAGAACCAUAUAUCUGAGGAUCUAGAACUAUGAAUUUUGGCCUCAUCAUACCUCCAGCUCCAAAGAUUUAUAUUUUACAAAUCCAGGAUAUACCAGAUUAGGCUUAGAGAUGAAAUUGUGUCCUGAAUUAUACUUCAGCAACAAAUAUGUAUCAGUUACUUCAUUCUUGUAAAACAAAUCUUGUUAGAUCCUAAGUAUGAUAGGAAAUAACAGGAUCAGUGUCACUAAACUUGAGUCAACCAUGAGUUUUGAAGAAUAAGAUAUGUAAAGUGAAACAUAACACGGCAUAUAUUGGAAAACUUGAUUUUUACACCCCCACCCCCACAUUAUGAUGUAAAAUUUAUUAAUGUUUUUAUUUAGCUACUAAAACAAUUGUGAGGCUGGAGAGAUAGUUAAUGGGCUGAACUCAGGCUUUUGGAGGCCUUGGUUCAGUCCCCAGGAUCACAAGGAAUAAACCCUGAGCACAGAAUUAGGAGUAGUCAUAAGCACCAACUAUGUCUUAAAAAAAUGAAAAAGAAAAGGUUGUGCUAUGAAUAGGUGGUGUUUAAUCAAAUCAGACAUCACAAAGGAAUACAGAAAUAACUUUAAUUAAAAAACUUACAUAGAAGAUUAUAAUAUCAGACAUGACAAAUAUUUGAGAUUAUUUGCCUGGACAACUUGGGUUUGUCUGGCUAAUGUUUUUUUAAAAAAUAAUGUACAGUAAACUACAAGCAAAAAUGUGUCAGUAUUGAAUUUGAAUUUUUUUUUUCCUUCUUAAAGGGACUGGUAAAAUUUACAAUCCCUAACAAAAACAGUGUCAAAUCCCCCAGAUUAGGCCACAUGACCAGGAUUGUCAGUUAUAUAGAUACUACAACUUGUUUAACCAUUUUUACAUGAGAAAAAACAAUUCAUACAAAUUGCCUUCAACUUUAUAUAGAAAAAAUGAUGUAUUAUCUUCAAAAGAAAUUUUAUUAAUAUAUACUCCAGUAUCCAAUAUUGUAGCAUUAUCCUUUGAAAAAUUUUAAUUCUUACUCUAAGAUACAAGAAUAGAUGCUUAAUUGAGUAAACUUAUGGUAAGGAAUGACCAAAGUAACUACAAAUAUAACGUUUUUAUACUUACAGGA